AUGGAUCUUCAUUUGGCAGGAGACGCAAGAAAGGAAAAGCAAGUUGAGCUUGAGGAACUCAAGUUUGAUGCGUACGAGAGUUCGAGAUUGUACAAAGAGCAAACAAAGAAAUGGCACGAUCACCGGAUUCAACAAAGAGAAUGUCGAGUUGGAGACAAAGACUUGUUGUUUAACUCAAGGCUAAAGCUCUUCCCUGGAAAAUUAAAGUCCAAGUGGUCAAGGCCCUUCCAAGUAUUAAAAACUACACCAUAUGGCGCUUAUGAGAUUUUGGGCGAAAAUGGUCUGUUUUUGAUGAAUGGUAAAUGA